AUGGCUCCAGACAUGCCACACGCCAAUGCGACCGCCGACGAGAUCCAAAUAACGUUGACACACCACGGCAAGCCAGUCACAUUGUCCUUUGCGCCUGAUGCCACGAUAUCGGAUCUCUCGGACAGGAUCGCCGAGAAGCUCUCCAUACCGCCGUCAAACCAGAAACUGCUCGUCGGCGGCAAGUUGGGUCUACAAAAGCCGCCGUUCAAGAACCCUUCGACACCUGUGAGCGAGUUCAACGCUAAGAAGAUCACACUCAUGGGCAGCACAACCGCUGAAGUUUCAACCCUCAACGCCAGCAUAUCCGCCGCGUCCGCGCCUCGGAUGCCAGGACCUGUCAAAGCCGCAACGCCUGCGCGCAACACAGAUUACAAGCGACUACAAGAAGAAGCGCAAUAUACAUUCCACACACUGCGGCCGCUGCCGUACCUUCCGCGCCCAGAGCGGUCGUUAGCCUUCCUCGAGCGCCUUCGCGAUGAUGCCGGCAUCAAAGCCGCUAUGCGCAGCCACAAGUUUAGUGUGCCUUUGCUCACAGAGAUGGACCCUGCCAUGCACACUACACAAGAAUCUCGAACCCUGGGGUUGAACCGCAAUAAAGGUGAGGUCAUUGAACUGCGCUUGAGAACGGAUGCGUACGACGGCUAUAGGGACUAUAAGACGAUCCGCAACACGUUGUGUCACGAGCUUGCACACAAUGUGUGGGGUCCGCAUGACCGGAAUUUCUGGAAUCUGUGUAAGCAAAUUGAGCGCGAAGUCGCGAGAGAUGACUGGAAGAGUGGAGGAAGGAGCGUUGGAAAUCAAGAAUACUAUGAGCCGAGCGAGGAGGAGAUGAACAUGUGCGAUCACGGCGGAUGGACGGGUGGAGAAUUCAAGUUGGGCAGCGGAGGAGAUGGAGCGACGCUGGCCAGCAGUGCCGGUGGGAGCGUGGCUACGGGGAGCUUGGAUCGAAGAGAGAUACUUGCGAAGGCCGCAGAGGAGAGGGCGAAGAGGGCGAAACAGGCAGAUGAUGAAUCUCGAGGAGCUGGAUCUGCAUAG